CGGUGCGUCAUUUAAACCGGCGAGAGCCGUUGCGUGUCUUCCGCGACGAGGACGAAGAACGAGAGACGAGACGAGACUGCGAGAAGAAAACAGCGGUUCGAGAGCACGGGGAACAGAAAUUCGGCGACUCGAUUCUGCGGUGACCCUAAAAGUGAGCGCGCGCACGACCUCGGAUCCUCUCUCGCGAGCGCUCGUGCAUGAAUAAGGGAAAUUGUGUGUGAAUAAACGGUAACGCGAGGAUACGCGGAAGAUCGCUCUUGGCUCUUGUGGUCGCCGUGCUUUCGUCCCCUGUAUCCUUCGUCCUCCGUGAUCGUUACACCGUCAAACCGGUCCCGCGAAGCCGUCGUGACAAACGGACGCAAUUACGUAGUUCUCGAGGAAGGCUCGGGCUGUCAGCGAUGUCGACGAAUGGAACCAAGGAUGAGGAGUGCGCGAUACCCAACGUGAUAUACGAUGCCAACACCGGCAAGAAUUACAUGAGGGGCCGGUUCUUCGGCAAGGGUGGCUUUGCAAAAUGUUAUGAGAUAACAGAAUCAAAGUCACAUCAUGUAUAUGCUGGAAAAAUCGUGCCAAAGUCAUUGAUGAUAAAAAGCAACCAGAGAGAGAAGAUGACACAAGAGAUUGCGAUUCAUCAAACUUUGAAUCAUAAAAAUAUUGUUGGUUUUCAUAGUUUCUUUGACGAUUCCCAUAAUAUAUAUAUUAUCUUGGAGCUCUGUCGCAAGAGGUCAAUGAUGGAGUUACAUAAACGCAGAAAAGCAUUGUCGGAAUGUGAAACUCGGUACUUUAUGAAGCAAAUCUUAGACGGAGUCUUUUACUUACAUCAACAUAGAAUAAUUCACAGGGACUUAAAAUUAGGAAAUUUAUUCUUGAACGACGAAUUGCAAGUCAAGAUUGGUGAUUUUGGAUUAGCGACUAAAUUGGAACAUGAUGGUGAAAGGAAAAAAACUGUCUGUGGCACUCCGAAUUACAUAGCACCGGAAGUACUGACAAAGGUCGGGCACUCGUACGAAGCCGAUGUAUGGAGCAUUGGCUGUAUAAUGUACACUUUGCUUGUGGGCAAGCCACCUUUUGAAACAUCGAGUCUCAAGGAGACAUAUACCAGAAUUAAGCAAGUGCAGUAUAAAACACCACAGCAUAUCAGCAAACCUGCUAUGAACAUGGUAGCAAAUAUGCUGCAAUUGAAUCCAGCGAGACGCCCGUCCGUUGCCAAAUUGAUGAAGGAUACCUUCUUUACUUCUGGAUAUAUGCCGACAAGUUUGCCGCUUUCUUGCUUGACAAUGGCACCGCGUUUAGACAUGCUUGAGUCGCAUUGUAAUCGUAAACCGCUCGGCGAGAUGAAUCUUAACGGCUACUCCGAACAGGAUAUCCUCGCCUCUCGGGUGCCAAACAGCCCGUUACGAAAAGCCAAGCUUAGUGCCGAGGUAGUUGAACAACCGCAGAGAAUCAAUCAUGAUAUUAAAAAAAUGCUCUACACAUUAAAGGAGCAGCUGACUGCGGUGCUAAAAUAUAAGCCUGCUAAAGAUGUAACUUGCUCAGGAGAUGAAAUGACUGAUCCGGCGGCGCAACCUGUAAUUUGGAUUAGCAAAUGGGUGGAUUAUUCGGAUAAAUACGGUUUUGGAUACCAAUUGUCCGACGAUGGCGUCGGUGUGAUGUAUAAUGAUGGCACACGAUUGAUUAUGCUUGCUAAUGGUUUCAAUAUUCACUAUAUCAAUCGUGAGGGCGACGAAUUGUACUACACGGUCAAAGAGUAUCCGUUGAAUCUCGAAAAGAAGAUGAAACUGAUGAACUUCUUUUUGAAAUACAUGAAUGAGCACUUGAUGAAGGCAGGCGGCUCUGUCGCAGUGAAACAAAGUGACUCUCUGUCCAGAAUACCUUACAUACACCAGUGGUUCAGGACCCAAACGGCCGUCGUGAUGCAAUUGACUAAUGGCACAGUGCAAGUCAACUUUUUGGAUCACGCAAAGAUCAUUAUGUGCCCUUUGAUGGCAGCAGUUACCUACAUUGACCACGACAAGAAUUUCCGAACUUAUAGAUUCCAGACUAUUCAGGAGCAUGGUUGCUCUAAAGGAUUGGCGAAGAAUUUGAUGUAUGCAUAUGAGAAGAUUGGACUGAUGCUGGCAAAUUCUCAGGUCCGAUAAAAAUUGCUCAUUGCUGAAAGAAAACAAGAGACGAAAUAUCGGAUAUAUAUUGCGCCUCUCUUGGUAUUGUAAAUUAUCUUUAGAAACGCAAUAUUUAUAUUUAUUUUCUGAUAGUACUAUCUUUGUAGUGAAAAAGAAAAACUGGCAAGUCGGGAUUACAACUAUAUAGGAUCCUCUCUAUCUUCGCUCGAUUUUUGUACAGACAAAAUUUUGCUAGGCAAGUUUUUUUCCAUUUUUUUACUGCUUAGUACAAAAAAAGAGAAAGAGAGAGAGAGAGAGAGAAAGAGAGAAAGAAGAGCCAAUCGCGUUCAACGAAGGCGAGAUAUUUCGCGCGCCAAGAUAUUUCAUUCUAUUCUUCAGUAUGCCGUUUCUCGUAAACAUUACUUUAAACUAAUUUGAUCAGUUGUUAUUAAUCCUUCUCUCUGUUCAUGUUUUUAAAUAUAAUACUGAAAUCAUAA